AUGGCCAUACACCCAAAGGGCUUCACAAUCAAGAGGGGGGUCUCUCCACACCACCACCAAUGUGCUGCAUCCUCUUGGAUGAUGCCACAGCAGCCACAGGGCAACGGCACCAGUGUGCUCACAACAUACCAGUGCAUCCUUUUGUCUUUUUGUGUUCUGCAGGCAGUGGAAACCAAUCUAGCAUCCAAAGAUAGUCACUGGGUGUACGCCAAUGAGGAGGUUAGUGACACAGAGAUCAUGGAGCUUGUCCACAGUGCUCUGGGCCGGAUGACAGUGAUCCGACAGAUCUUCCCCCUGUGGAGGGACACCAACAUCCGCUGCAUGAGGAACAAUCAUCGCAUCUCCUCACUGCUCUGCGACCCUCAGGAAGGCUACUUGCAGUCCCUGGAGGUAUCUAGUCUAUACCUUUAUGACAGCGUGCUGAUGUUGGCCAAUGCCUUCUACCGGAAGUUAGAAGACAGGAAGUGGCACAGCAUGGCCAGUCUGAACUGCAUGAGGAAGUCAACAAAGCCCUGGAAUGGAGGCUGGUCCAUGCUGGACACCAUCCAAAAGGGACGGAUUUCUGGGCUAACUGGUUUAAUGGACUUCAGAAGCAAUGGAGCAAACUCUCAUGUCCAGUUUGAAAUCCUGGGUACCAGUUACAGCGAGACAUUUGGAAAAGACGUAAAGCGGCUGGCGACCUGGGACUCUGAUCGCGGGCUGAACGGCAGUCUGAGGGAGAACCGGGCGGAUCACGGCAUGCAAGGAAUUACUCUCAAAGUGGUGACCUUACUGGAGGAGCCCUUCGUAAUGGUGGCAGAAAACAUUCUAGGUCAGCCCAAAAGAUAUAAAGGUUUUUCCAUAGAUGUUUUAGAUGCCCUGGCCAAAAUUCUGGGCUUUAAGUAUGAGAUGUACCAGGUGGCUGAUGCGAAAUAUGGAUCUCCUCAGACCAACGGGUCAUGGAAUGGAAUGAUCGGAGAGCUAAUUGGGAAGCGAGCAGAUGUGGCUAUUUCAGCCAUCACCAUCACUCCAGAACGAGAAAACGUAGUGGACUUCAGUAAACGUUAUCUGGAUUAUUCAGUGGGAAUCCUGAUGACUAAAACAGAAGAGAGACUCAACAUCUUCUCCUUGCUGGCACCGUUUGACCUAGCGGUGUGGGCUUGCAUUGCUGCUGCCAUUCCUGUUGUGGGUGUCAUGGUCUUUCUGCUCCGACGCGUCCAGUCUGUCCGCUCCCAGAAUCCUCCUGGGCCCCACCAGCCUGCUUCUGUCACCACGUCUUUUCAAAGUGCCAUCUGGAUCGUCUACGGAGCCUUUGUACAGCAAGGAGGUGAAUCCUUCAUGAGUUCAAUGGCUCUAAGGAUUGCAAUGGGAAGCUGGUGGCUAUUCACACUUAUCGUCUGUUCGUCUUACACGGCCAAUCUGGCAGCCUACCUCACUGUGUCACGCAUGGACAACGCUAUUCGAACUUUUCAAGACCUUUCCAAGCAGUCAGAGAUAAACUACGGAACGGUGAGAGAGUCGGCUGUGUUCGAGUACUUCAGGGUGAAGGGCACAAACCCCCUGGAGCAAGACAGCACAUUCGCAGAGCUGUGGAGAACUAUCAAUAAAAAUCAGGGACAGGACAACUCUGUGACCUCUCCUGCUGAAGGCAUCCGCAAGGUGAAGCGGGAUCCAUACGCUUUUCUGUGGGACAUGGCGGUGUUAGAGUAUGCAGCUCUGACAGAUGAUGAUUGUACGCUGGUGGUCACUGGAAACGGCAUGAGCAGUAAAGGAUACGGCCUGGCUCUGCAGCAUGGCAGCCCCUACAGAGACCUCUUCUCGCAGAAGAUACUUGACCUGCAGGAGAAAGGAGAUCUUGACAUUUUAAAGCAGAAGUGGUGGCCGAGAAAAGGUCGCUGUGACCUUGACAAGCAUGCAGAGCCCCAGACGGAAGGCCGUGCCCUGAGACUGCACAGCUUCGCGGGGGUCUUCUGCAUCCUCGCAGCAGGGCUGCUGCUGGCCUGCCUGGUGGCUGCUCUGGAGUCCUGGUGGAACGGGCCACGCUGCCAGCGGGCACAGCCCAAAGAGGACAAAGAGGUGAAUCUGGAGCAGGUUCACCACCGUUUGAGUGGGCUGAUGGAGGACGAUCUGGCACACAAGCAGCUGCCAGGUCAGCCUCUGGAGAUCUCUGCCCUGGACAUGGGCAGCAUGCGGCCGCAGCCGAGCUCCCAGGAGGCCCUGAGAGAUUUUCCCCCUGGGGGCCUGUCCGUGACCUCGUUCCUCCAGGAGGCUCCUGGGGUCGGCCGCGUGCCCGGACGGAGCCUCCCCCUCCCUCUCAGCAGUUCCACUCUGCCGCCCUCCAUGCGCUGCAAACACCGGGCGCCCAACGGAGGCCUUUUCCGCCAGAGCCCCGUAAAGACACCUAUGCCCAUCUCUUACCAGGCAGUGCCCGGGGGACCCAUCCCAGAAGCCAUUGAUCCAAGCCAUGGGACCUCGAUUUGAGCCGACUGGUCUGAGCGUUCCAAAAGACUGCCAACCAGCCCGCCACAGACCCCCACCCCAACGUUCGGACCAGGUCUGGUUGCAUUUAUACAAUUACGUACACAUACAAACAGAUAUGAAGAGAGAAUCUUUUUUUCAGUACAGAUACAUAUGACUGUGAGACGCUGACUUUUCCUUGCCUGUACAUAUUUGUAUAUAAUGAGAGACAGCAAAGUGAAGUCAAAGUGUAUUUUGAAUAUUCAUGAUUUUUUUGAAGUUGAGUUUAAAAGAAGUAAUUACCUACAAUACAGACUGUUUGAAUGGCUUUGUAAAUUUUGUUCUAAAAUAAAAAUCAGAAUUCCUUGUGGAUGUUUUCUAA